AUGCCUCCUCCUGGUGCAUGCCUGAACAUUAUGGAGGCUCGUCACAAGCAGAUGGGAUAUGGGAGCAUCUCCAACCCUGAGAAGUUCUUUAACCAAGACUUCAAGAACCUGAAACAGUACUGUCUAACCAAAGGAGUAAGGUACCUCGAUGACAUGUUCCCCCCUGAUGCAAAGUCUGUUGGCCAGGGGAUACUGAAGCCCUCUGUCCUGGGCCACGUGAAGUGGCUAAGACCUGCGCAAAUUGCUCCUGAUGCUGAAUUUGUGGUUGAUGGCGUCUCCAGAUUUGACUUUGGUCAAGGUGUACUUGGAAACUGCUGGUUUCUUGCAUCAAUCGGCGCACUGACUUUCCAGAAUCACAUUUUUGAACAAGUUGUUCCGCUCGACCAAAAAAUCAAAGAGAACUACUGUGGCAUUUUUCACUUCAGGUUCUGGAGAUUCGGGCGGUGGGUGGAUGUCGUCAUUGAUGACAAGUUGCCGACGAUCAAUGGCAGACUAAUCUUUGUUCACUCCAAAGAUCCAAAUGAGUUCUGGCCUGCUCUGCUGGAGAAAGCUUAUGCCAAAGUUUGUGGUUCCUACACCGACAUGACUUCUGGAACUCCUUCAGAGGCUAUGAUGGAUUUCACUGGUGGCGUCCACAUGUGCGUCCAGCUGUCGGACACCAGUUCAGAUGUGUGGGGGCUGAUAUGCAGAGCUGGCAAGUCCAACACAUUGAUGGGCUGUGGUACACCUCAAGGGGAAACAUCUGCUAACACAGUUUUGCCAAAUGGACUGGUCCAAGGGCACGCCUACACUGUAACAGGGGUUAAAGAGCUUAUUAGCCAAGGAAAAGUUGUGAAGCUGAUCCGUUUGUGGAACCCCUGGGGCAAAGGAGAGUGGGAAGGAGACUGGAGUGAUUGGUCCCCCAUGUGGAACACUGUGAGUUCUCAAGACAACCAAAAGUGCCUUUCAGUGGCUGAUGAUGGAGAGUUUUGGAUGGCAUUUGAAGAUUUCUGUAAGUUCUACACAGAUCUUGACAUCUGUGGCCUGAAACCAGACUUCAUAGAUGGAAAAUCCUCUGCUCAGUGGAAGACCUCUGUGUACGAGGGAAUGAAGGUUUCAGAUGACAUGCUCAGUCUGAUGGCUCUGCGCUAUGGCGCCUCCUCUGGACACAUGGCACUGGAGUACUUCAUCAAUCUCAUGAUUCGCUUGGACUGCAUGAAGAAAAUGUUCAAACAGUUGUCUGAUGGAAAAUCCAUUAAUCUCAAGGAGUCAGAGUGGAUGUACGUUUCCAUGUACACUUAA